AUUUCUGUCAGAAUGUAAAUGGCAAGACAACUUUGCCUUAACAAACCGGAAAAAUUGCGAAAUACACGGAACAUCUUGACAGGUAGUCCAAAAUUUACAGACCAAAUGUACCCGAAUGGAAAAUGAGCUUACCAUUUGCAAUUCUUUACCAGUUCCAGCCUCCAUAGUGGAAUAAUGAUCAGGUCGAAUUCCUAGGCUCUCUUGGAAUUUUUUUUUCAGUAAAUAUUAAAUGGCCAAUCCGGACGGAGCUUAUGGCCAGAGGUUUUCGUUUACCAUUUACAAAUAACGUUCACAAGGCGGUUUCUCAGCGUAAAUGGUAAACAACCCUAAUAUAUCUCUCUUAAUCUUUUUCCUGUAAUAUCAGUUUCUCUUCUACAGGACAGAUUAUUUCUGCAUGCAUUUAAAGGACAAUGCUGACAUUAAUUUGUUAUUUACCUCAGCUCCCAAAGCUCCAUUAAUUGCCCUUUACAUUUCGGAAUUCCGGGAUGUUGACGUCAUACCUACUGGAUACAACCUCACAGUGGUUUGCAUUGGAAACAAGUCGAGGGAAGGUUACUUACACGAAGGUCAACCGUUUGGGGUACAGUUGUUUUUUAGAGGCCAAAGCGUUAAGAUAUGCGGGGGUGGUUUUCGUGACAAGGAAGACUCAAAAUCCUGCGAGCUUCGUAUCGAGAAGGUUUCAAGAAGUAAUUCUGGCCAGUAUGACUGCAUGGUGUCAAACUUCGCGACAUGCAGCUCAGCAGAACUUACCUUAAGUGUCAGAGAACCCUCAAAACCAAGAUUUCUAAUCCAUCCAAUCUCCCAAGAAAAUAUUGCAACAGGACAGAAGACAAAUUUCAGCUGUGAGGCAUUUGGAAUUCCAAGGCCAGUUGUAACUUGGUUUAAAGAUAAUCGUACAGUAGCUAAAAACAGAAUCAAAGAGAUCAAUGCGAUGUUUGUGUUGACCGUUGAUUCUGUCGUACAGCAAGAUCAAGGAAGAUAUUGGUGCGAGGCAAAUAAUGAUGAAGGAUGGAAUCGAUCUGCCGUCGCCAACUUAACAGUUAUCUGGAAGCCGGUAUUUUUAACACAGCCUAAAGACGUCGCUGUAGAAGAAGGAAGUAACGCUACCUUUAAGUGUGCAGCAACUGGCUCCCCGCGUCCAGAGAUUACCUGGUUGAAGGACAACUCAGUCCUCUUAAAUCCUUCCCUGAUUCAGAACGGAAGCGUCUUAUACUUGGUCCUUCGUUCGGUUACGAAAGAACAACACUCUGGCAUGUACCAUUGUGAAGCAACGAAUCUAGCAGGAAGGACACCAUCAGAAGCGGGAACGCUGACGGUAACAUCGAAGGUGGCUGCGAUACCAACAGUAAGCACAUUCCCGCGUGAGGGAAAUGAUGCACCGAAUCACAGACCCACUGGGUUUUCUGUGGAAAUAACUUCAGCCUCAGUUGGUUCAGUGGUCGCCGUAAUAGUCUUCGCAACAAUUUUUUUCUUUAUGAGAAAGUUCUGGUGUAAACAACAAAACAGCAAGCCUGAUCCAGGGAAAGCAGAAGGUCAAGAAGGGUUUCCAAUAUUGGACAACAGAGGAGAUGCAUUGGCCCAUCUGAUGGACGAGCAAAGUGUCUCAGGAUUCCAAGAAUCUAGCCAGUCCGUCGAAGAUGAUCACAAGGUCGUUGAUAAUGAAACGUACUUGAGAGAGAUGGAAAUUGACAGGAACUGGCAAAUUCCUCGAGAAAACGUGGAGAUAACAAGAGAGAAACUUGGCAGAGGAGAGUUUGGUAUUGUAUACAAAGGUUUCUAUUUGAGGCAAGACGGUUGCAAAUUGCCAGUUGCUGUCAAGACUGUAAGAGAUUCACAACUAUCAUCUACAUGGCGACACUCAGAAAUUGAGCUGCCGAACUCGGGCGAGUAG